CGAUCGACCGUGAUCUCUUUCUCGACCGCCCACAAUGGCUGCCCUUCGCACGACCUCGCGCCUGUUCGCUUCCUCGAAGCCGCUGUUCCGCCCAGCCGCCUUCACUCGCUCCUAUGCGACCGUUGACGCCCUUUCCCAGGUGAGCGCAAGCGGCCACGCGAGCAGCAAGACCAUCCCCGAAUCUAAGACUUCGAAUGUGCAGGACCCCAACCCCUCGGAGCAGCCCCGGGUCAAGACUUUCCAUGUCUACCGCUGGAACCCCGAUCAGCCCACCGAGAAGCCCAAGAUGCAGACUUACUCCCUGGAUCUGAACAAGACCGGUCCCAUGAUGCUGGACGCCCUGAUCCGCAUCAAGAACGAGAUGGACCCCACCCUGACUUUCCGGAGAAGUUGCAGAGAGGGUAUCUGUGGAAGUUGCGCGAUGAACAUUGACGGUGUCAACACCCUGGCUUGCCUGUGCCGUAUCCCCACCGAUACCGCCAAGGAGUCUCGCAUCUACCCUCUGCCUCACACCUACGUCGUCAAGGACUUGGUCCCCGAUUUGACCUACUUCUACAAGCAGUACAAGUCGAUCAAGCCUUACCUGCAGCGCGACACCCCGACCGCGGAUGUAAGUAUUGACAGCGUGUGCUGCGACGUGGGCUUUUUUUAUUGAUAAGUGUAUAGGGUCUCGAGAACCGCCAGAGCCCCGAGGAGCGUAAGAAGCUGGACGGUCUGUACGAGUGCAUUCUGUGCGCUUGCUGCUCCACCUCCUGCCCCUCGUACUGGUGGAACAGCGAGGAGUACCUUGGACCCGCCAUCCUCCU